GGACCUCGGGGGACACCAGGGGAUUUAGGGUCAGAUAGCCUGUGUGAACACAGCUGCCCCGACAGACAGCUGGACAGAAGGACAGAGGUGCAUCAGCAGGUGACAAGGCUCCACCCCCUCCCACCACCUGCCCCAGGGCCACGCCCACCGCACAGGAUGCUGGGCAUGUGGAGGACCUUUGUCAACGUCGUGUUCUACCUGGGCCUGCUGGUGGCGCUCGCAGGGCUGGUGGCCAACGCGCUGGUGCUGUGGCAGCUGGGCCUGCACGUGCGCCGGGGCCCACUGUCCCUCUACCUGCUGCACCUGGCGGCCGCCGACCUCCUGUUCCUGGGCUGCCACCUGGGCUUCUCGGCGGCUCAGUGGGCACUGGGCGCGGCGCACGACCUGCACGUCCCGGUCACCAUGAUGUUCCUGUCAGCUGCGCUGUGGCUGCUGGCCGUGCUGGGCCUGGAGCGCUGUCUGGGGCUCCUGCUGCCCGGCUGCUGGGCCCGGCGCCCGGCCGUCACCACGGCCAUGCUGGGCGGCCUGGCCUGGGUGCUGGGGCCCCUGGCGGCGUUGCUGCCCGCGAAGGCCUGCGGCCUGCUGGGCCCCGGCCGGGGGCUACUGGGCUGCCUGCGCUCGCACGUGGCGGCCCUGGUCUGGCUGCUGGCGCUCGGCGCCGUGGCCUGCGGGGCCGGCCUGCUGCUCUGCCUCUGGGUCUGCUGCUGCUCCCGGCGAGGCCGGCCACCCCUGUACGGCAUGGUGCUGGGCUCGGCGCUGCUGUUGCCCUUCUGCGGCCUGCCCUACGUGCUGCAUUGGAGCCUGCGGCCGCUGCUGCAUCUGCUGCUGUCCCCCUUCCAGCCUUUCGCCACGUUGCUGGCCUGCGUCCAUGCCAGCGCCAGGCCCCUCCUCUACUUCGCCGCUGGCCACCAGCCCUGCCGGAGGGAGCCCUUGCGCAUAGUCCUCCAGAGGGCCCUGGGGGAGGCCGCCCCGGGGAGUGCUGGGGGGGUGGCCCUGCCCAUGGGCGUCAUGUAGGUCCCUCUGGCCAUCCCUCUCCAGGCCCUCAGCACCCAGGCCCCCCACCCGUGAGCCCUGGGGGCCCACGGGCCGGGGACAGAGCCAGGGGGUUCCGAGUCCCGGUGUGGACCAGGAGGCCAGGAGGGGGCUCUGGGAGGGACGGGCACCCACCUGCCCCCCCAUAGCCACCAGCUCGCAGCGCCCCCACCCUGUCACACGACGCUUGAGGGCUUGGUGGCCGGUGUCUGAAGGGCAGAUACUGAGGUCGCCAGGCCUCCAGAAAUGGUCACAGAGACCCCCCGACACCCACCGUCCCAAACUGGCCACGCAGCCCACAGCUCCCCUGCAGUCCCCGCGCAGGCCACCAGAUGGUGCCCGGAGGCUUCACAGA